ACUGUAGUAGUCACCACAAAGUGGCUGAAGUGAAAAUGCAGGAAGGAAAGUUGCUUUUCAACUUCGCAUGUGACUGACUUUCUCUUCUCUCCAAUGGCAACGAAAUAAACAGAAAAAUCCCUAAAACUCGCACACACUUGCUUCUGAAAACACAACUAGUUUCAUUCACACAGAAAUCAAAACCCUAAAAACUUGGAAAUGCUAUUUGAUUAGCUGAGCCAAGCCAAGCCAACCUCAACUCUUCUCCUAUGGCUUCCCUUCGUAGGCUUUACCCUCUCUGCUCUUCCUCCAUUAACAGAACGUUAUUUUCAGCUUCUGAAGCUCGUGAAGGGUUUGGAGGAAGCUUUUUUCGGGGCUAUAGUGUGAUUGCUUCGUCGGAGCAAACUAUACUGAGACCAGAUGAUGACUGUGGGCAAGUUGCGGCAGAUAGUUUCAUAACUGAUGAUGAGAUUAGGAAGAUUCGGCAUGAGUUUGAUGCUGCAAGACAGUGCUUUCACAAGGUUCCCAAGGUGCUGAAGGGAAUGCCUAAGAUGAAUCCGAAAGGAAUUUAUGUAAAUAAGAACUUAAGAUUGGACAACAUACAAGUUUAUGGUUUCGACUAUGACUACACAUUGGCACAUUACUCUGCCAAUUUGCAGAGUUUGAUUUAUGAUCUUGCAAAGGAGCACAUGGUUAAUGAGCUUAGGUAUCCUGAAGUAUGCAUGAAAUUCAAAUACGAUCCAACUUUUCCUAUUAGAGGCUUAUACUAUGAUAGGUCAAAAGGAUGUCUUUUGAAGUUGGAUUUCUUUGGGUCGAUUGAGCCGGAUGGGUGCUACUUUGGUCGUCGCAAGCUCAGCAGGAAGGAAAUAGAAGAGCUAUAUGGCACGCGGCAUAUUGGCCGUGAUCAAGCCCGUGGGCUUGAUGGUUUGAUGGAUUUCUUCUGCUUUAGUGAGGCCUGUCUUAUUGCAGAUGUUGUGCAACAUUUUGUUGAUGCUAAGCUGGAAUUUGAUACCAGUUACAUUUAUGAAGAUGUAAAUCGUGCAAUUCAGCAUGUCCAUCGAAGUGGCUUCGCUCACAGGGGAAUUCUUGCUGAUCCUCAUAGAUACCUAGUUAAAAAUGGGGAGCUAUUACGCUUUCUCAGGAUGCUAAGGGAUAAGGGAAAGAAACUUUUCUUGCUGACGAAUUCUCCAUAUUACUUUGUGGAUGGAGGGAUGCGUUUUAUGUUGGAGGAUUCUUUAGGUUACAAAGACUCCUGGAGGGAACUUUUUGAUGUUGUGAUUGCUAAAGCGAAAAAGCCGGAGUUUUAUACAUCUGAACAUCCAUUCCGUUGUUAUGACACAGAAAAGGACACUUUAGCUUACACUAAGGUAGAUGCUUUUCUUCCAAAUAAAAUUUACUACCAUGGAUGCCUAAAAUCUUUCCUCCAAAUAACCAAGUGGAAUGGCCCAGAGGUUAUAUAUUUUGGGGAUCACCUAUUUAGCGACCUGAGAGGACCCUCAAAGGCUGGCUGGCGCACUGCUGCCAUCAUCCAUGAGCUAGAAAGUGAAAUACACAUACAAAAUGAGGAUAGCUAUCGUUUUGAACAGGCAAAAUUUCAUAUAACCCAAGAACUUUUGGGUAAAUUGCAUUCCACUGUAGCUCAAAGUCAGAGAUGUGAAGCAUACAAGUCACUUUUUGAGGAGCUUAAUAAAGAGCGGCAAAAUGCACGCGGCAUGAUGAAGAGAAUGUUCAACAGAUCUUUUGGAGCUACUUUCCUCACUGACACUGGCCAAGAAUCUGCUUUUGCCUAUCACAUUCAUCAAUAUGCAGAUGUGUAUACCAGCAAGCCAGAGAACUUCUUAUUUUAUCCUCCUGAAGCAUGGCUUCAAUCACCCUUUGAUAUAAAGAUCAUGCCACAUCAUGUGAAGGUUCCAUCAACCUUGUUCGAAAAUUGAUAGAUCCAUAAACAAAUAUGAAUAGGGCAAUUCACCAAUUUUUGGAAAUUUGUUCGUCGUCAGAAAUGGCAACUAAAGUUGAUUGAUUCAUUGAGGAUUCCGCUAUCAGGAGGGCAAUGCUAAUACACUUUUGUUCCAUAAUGGAUGGGAAUAAAUGGACACAAAUAUAAGUGCUAUGCAUCGUCUUUUAUUCUUUAAAUGAUUCUGAUGUCACGAAACAUUCUCAUAUAUAUGAGCAUGAAUAUAAUUGUUUGAAUAGAAAUGAAUAUAUCUGGGAUCUUCUACUUCUACUCAGCCAAAGAACAGAAAAGAAAAAUGGCUCUCUCUCCUCUUUGAAUGUUAAGCUAAUGUUACCUCAAAAGUUUUGAAAGA